AUGACCCGAACCUUCACCCCCCCAACCCCGACCAUCCAGCCCCCGAACCUCCACGAUGGUCCGCGUGUUAUCCGCAUCAACGCCGCCCUGAUCGCCGAUGCACACUACUCUUUCGCCCCCGGCUCACUCAUCCUCGAAGCCGACAAUGACCAGUGGAUCAUUCACGCCAUCAACACUCAAGCGGCUAUCGACCAGCUCGAUCUCCCAUCAGAUCUCCACACCAUCGAUCUCGUUGAUCAGAUCAUUAUCCCGCCGGUGAUCAACGCCCACACCCACCUCGACCUCACGCAUAUUGGUCCCCAGCCCCACAAUCCUGCCGAAGGAUUCGUGCCAUGGCUCGACAUGAUCCGCGCCAACCGAAUACUCGAAGACGAACCGAUCGCCGACUCCGUAACCCUCGGCAUCGAGAAAUCCUUGGCAGGAGGCACCAUCGCAGUGGGGGACAUCGCCGGCGCCCCAAACGCGAUCCUCAAAGACAUCCCCAUCCGCACCCUCGCCGAUUCCCCAAUGCUCGGCACCUCCUAUCUCGAGUUCUUCGGCAUCGGAACCACCGCGACCACCAUCAUUGACCGACUCCAAGCCUACCUCGACGAGCACCUCGAACCCCUCCAGCAACAUCUGCACAACUCCGGUGUUACAUUUGGACUCUCCCCCCACGCGACCAACACCAUCUCCAUCGCUGUCUACCACCGCGCCGCGCAGCUCGCCCUCAAACACAACAUCCCCCUCUGCACCCACCUCGCCGAGACGCUCGAAGAACGCGAGUUCAUCUCCCAAGGCACAGGUACACAACGAGGAUUCCUCGAACGCUUCGGGAUCUGGGACGACUCAAUACUGAGUGAGAUCGGACACCACGAGCACCCCAUCAAGCACCUGCAUCCUGUCUUGAAGCAACUCCCGAUGCUCUGUGCUCAUGUCAACGACGCACCAACAGACGACGAGUUCGGAGAUACGAUCGCCCUCCUCGCGACCACCCAGACCUCCGUCGCGUACUGCCCUCGCGCCCAUACCUACUUUGGGCACUACGACACGCUUGGGCCGCACCCCUUCCAAGCGAUGCUCGACGCCGGGAUCAAUGUGACACUCGGGACCGACUCCAUCGUCAACCUCGACACUCCUGAUCGCAUCACCACCCUCGACGACAUGCGUCUGCUCGCAACGCGUGACCAGACCCCGAUGCACACGCUCCUUUCGAUGACCACCACCAACCCCGCACACGCACUCAGACUCGAUCCAAACGCGUUCAAACUCCAGCCCGGCCAUCGACCCGCCGGACUCCUGAGCCUCGCCGUAGAAGCGAAUCACCCAGACCCGUGGUCCAGCGCCAUGCUCUCAGGAUCAUCCCCCAACUGGAUCGUGUUUGCGCCGAAAAACGCUUUGAAAAUGGGAGCGGACUGCCCACUUACCCUCAUCAAGAUCCCGCUGCGUGCACUGGAAACCAUCCCGCUCGCGAUCAUUCUCUUGACCUUCAUAUCGCUGUACGCGAUCGCCGCUUCGAUCCCCAUCGGGAUGCUCGCGCAGAUCCCGACCUACCUCAUCUACGCGCUCUCGCUCGUUAUCCCCCUCGCGGUGAUCUCUUACCUCUCCAUCAAACUCAUCCGCGCCAAAAUGACCCAAGCGACGCGCGCCUCGCGCUUCCUCGCGACCUUCUUCAUCACCCUCGCGCUCGCCGCACUCAUCACUGUCAUCUGGGUUUGGCAAGUCCUCCCAACAAUCAAGUACAACCCCGCGACCGGUGAUGGCAUCCGACUCUUCGGCGCCUUCUCAGACACCUACCCCUCAACCACACUCCGCAGACUCCCCGGCUUCGAAAUGACCGAGAUGCAGUUCUACGGCUGGUGGCCCCUCCGAACCGCGCUCUUCCUCUUCACUCUCAACCUCAUCGUCACCACCGUCCGGCGAAUCGAGUUCAACUUCAAAAACCUCGGCGUCCUCUCCGUACACGCCGGGAUCAUCAUUAUCGCGCUCGGAUCACUCUUCUACACACGCUACAAACUCGAAGGCGAUGUCCUCCUCCCCGCACCACAAACCACACAGGUCGGCACCCAGCAACCUGUCCCGCAGUUCUCAUUCUUUUCACGCGAAGAAGUUGUCCUCUACCUCGCGCAGGAGAUGGGAUUCUCCGGACAACCCCGCUACGAGCAGCGACCGCUCCAUCGACUCCCACGCUACAACGAUUACGACCUCAACAUCAAUAUUCCCAAGGACGCCCCAACCCUCUCCGACACCCUCGGCGCCUCGCACAACCACGGCGACCUCAGCUCUCGCAAACUCAACAUCAACGUCCCGACGCGCCCCGACUCCAUCAUCGACCACGACAUCACCAUCGACAUCGUGGGAUACGCCAACUACGCCGAGCUCGAGAGCCACUGGUACAAGGUCGAUCUCCAGCCCGGAGAGCAGCCCAACCCGCUCACCGUGAUCGACAUGUACGCCGUCGUCCCAGGAUCAAGCGUCCCGCAGGACCGCCCGCUCUUCCGCUUCCCCUUCUUCCCGAAUGUCCCAGCGGAUCGCAUCCGCGAGAACCAGGUCAUCGGGAUCGAGUACACCGUGGACAUGCCCCAAGAACGCUGGGAAGCACUCACCACCGCUGUCCCAGUCUCCGAUCCACCAUCACAGAUCCUCCACGCGAUCAUCGUCGAGAUCCCAGAUGCGGGAUUCAAGAAGACCUACGCAAUCCAGGAGGGGGACACGAUCACCCUCGACGAGACCGGAUACGAGAUCGCCGUCGAUCAACUCGCGCCGACCCCGCCGUUCCCGAUCAUCACGCCGGGAUACGAGGACGCGACCUCAUCCGUCGCGAUCCUCAACGUCACCAAACCAACCAGCAGCGUCCCUGUCUCGCGUUGGGCCUUCCACCGCUUCCCAGAACUCGACCAGGACCUGACCCCAACCCCGACCGGUCGCCCGCAGCGAUCCGCCCCUGAUCCCGCGAUCAAGAUCACCUACCUCGACAUCUCCCGCCUCCAGGUCUACAUCGACGACCAGAGCGACGGCAUCACCCGCGCCAUCAUCCGCCAACCCGCGACCGCGGAACUCAACGUCAUCGACCUCGUCGGUCCAGACGGUCUCCAAGACAUCGUCCCCAACAACGACGGCGCGCGUGUAGACCUCCGCUUCGCCGAAUCCUGGACGCACGCGCGCGAGAUCGCCCACCCGAUCCCAACCCCCGACGCGAACAAAGACAAGUCCCUCAUCGGAUCGCACACCCACGCGUUCGUCGCUGUGAAAGUCGGAUACAAAGACAACGACUGGUCCCACAUCGCGUGGGUCCCCUUCGCCAAAUACAUCGGGAUCGACGAACAACCCGUCACUGUCACCCUCCCUGACGGCUCGCCACUCUUCAUCGGAUUCGGACGCACGCAGCGCCCAUUCCCAGGAUUCUCCGUCGCACUCGUCGACUUCGAGAUGAUCGCCUACGACCACCGCGGCGCGCCGCGCGACUACCAAUCCCUCGUCCGCGUCCAGCAAGCCGCGUCGAGUCUCUACCCCGAACCACCAAACUUCGACACCUUCGAGCACAUCGUCAAACUCAACGCGCCCCUCCGCGCCCCCUUCCACUGGGACCCCAACAAGCCCUGGCUCGCCAACACCAUCAAACGCAUCCAAGCCGGACUCAACCCCGAACAGUUCAAGUUCUCCCAGUCCGGAUGGGACCGCGCCGGAUGGAACCAAUCCCAAGAACUCGUUGACCAAGGUCAGCUCGACAAACCCCGCGUCAACUUCACCAUCCUCGGCGUAGGGAACAACCCCGGAAUCCACAUCAUCGCGUUCGGAUCCAUCCUCUUCUCCAUCGGCGGCCGCAUCAUGAAACACAUUCUCGCCAUCCUCAUCUCAUCCGUCCUCUCACUCAGCGCCAUCGCCCAACCCUCCGGAAACGCGCACCCUGAAUCCCAAGCCGUCUCCGAAACCUCCGCCGAGAUCGAGAACCCCUUCGGUCAACCCCAGAUGCCCACCAUGUCCCUCUCCGAGAAGCACGCCUUCUCCAAGCAAGUGGACCUCUCCGAGCUCAUGACCGCCGCCGUGUUCCACAACGGACGCGUCAAAAUCCUCGACACCCUCGCCCGCGAAUCCACCGCCGGACUCACAGGCAAAUCUAAAUACUUCGACAUCCUCGUCCAAGACGGCUCUGACCCAGAGAAACUCAAGUUCGACCCAAGCUUCACCAUGCUCGAUCUCAUGAUCGACCCCGUCUACUACAUCGACCGCCCCCUCAUCGGGAUCAACUACCUCCCCCUCCGCCAAGAGAUCCUGCAGCUCGCCGCCGCUGAUGCACAAGACGGCACCUUCAACAAACAAGGCUGGCUCAAGACCGGCAUGAUCUCCCCGCGCAUGACCGAGCUCUACACCACCGAAGCCUUCAACCGCAACGCCGACUCCGAACCAUUCCGCAAAGCCGUCGGACAACUCGACCGCGCAUCCAACAUCUUCCGCAACUCCGUCUCCAACCUCCUCGUCGUCGCCCCCGACGCGCCAGACGAUCCCUGGAAACACCUCGGCGCUCUCCCAUCCUCGCACCCCGCACGCGUCGCAGCCCAACAACUCGCCGACGCCUGGCGCGCCGGAGACGCCCAAGCCGUCAACGCCGCCGCAUCCCAGCUCGCCACCCAGCUCAAAUCCAUCCACCCAGAGAUCCAAGCGAGCGCCAACGCCAGCGUCGAAGCGAUCUACAACAAAGCCAACGCCUUCGAGUGGGGAUUCUGGAUCUACCUCCUCUCCCUCGUCUCCCUCAUCCUCGCGUUCGGCACCGGACGCAAAUCACUCAUCACCCUCGGCGUCACCCUCCUCUUCAUCGCGAUCGCAUUCCACGCGUUCGGAUUCACCCUCCGCUGCAUCAUCGCCCAGCGUUUCGCGAUCCAGAACCAGUUCGAGUCCAUGACCGGCAUCUCACUCUUCGCCGCCAUCGUCGGAUCCGUUAUCAUGCUCGCCAAACGCCAAUGGCUCUUCGGCGCCGCCGCCGCGGGAACAGGAUUCCUUGUCCUCAUCACCGCCACCCAAACCGGAAUCCCAGGAGAAGACAUCGGACGCGAAGCCGCGAUCCUCAACACCUCCGUCCUCCUCAAAUACCACGUCACCACCGUCCUCACGUCCUACGGCCUCAUCACCCUCGGAUUCAUCGUCUCCCUCUUCUACCUCGCGACCCACUACGCCAACAAAUACCUCAAAGCCCCAACCCCAGCCGUAGCAGGAGGCGCCCCAACCGAAGAACCCCUCGCCGACGCCGCACUCGGAAUCGAAGAAAACAAAGCAGGCGUAGCACGCACCCUCAAAGACCUCGACACCGCACAGAUGACCAUCCUCCAGCUUGCCUUCUGGACCCUAGGAGUCGGCACGCUCCUCGGCGCCUGGUGGGCCGACCACUCCUGGGGACGCUGGUGGGCCUUCGAUCCAAAGGAAACCUGGGCGCUCGUCACCUGGAUCGUCUACCUCAUCGUCAUCCACGCCCGCUUCAUGCAACUCAAAGACCGAGGCUUAACAACCGCCUGGCUCUCCGUCAUCGGCUUCUUCGUGAUGCUCUGGACCUACUUCGGAGUCAACCUGCUCCUGCCGGGACUUCAUGCAUAUGCAUAA